UUUCUACAAGCAUCCUACAAUUAAGAGUCCAUGAAAGGUGGAACUAAAGAUGACCCAAAGACACAUCCUCAGAGGAGGUUUCUCUUAUCAUGGCUGAAGUAAUUGGAUCAUUAUGUAUCUGCUUGGUUCUUAUUUUUCCUUCUCCUAUUCAAGAGGACACUCCAAGACAAUGAAGAGAAAGAAAUCCGAAGAAAAUAAAGUUGUCGACACCUAAUGAGAAAGCUGAGUUUGAAAGAGGCCUUUCAGUGUCUAAUAUUUGGAAAGUAUAAGAACUUGGAAAAAUAGUGUUUCCCUCUUCAGCUUUUCCUACUCAACAAUUUUCAAGGAUGAUGCUCUCCAAGAUUCAGAGAAAUUGCAGCAUUUGAUUUUUUGAUGGUUGUCUGGCUAAAACAUCUGUUAAAAGGUAUUAAUCUAUUAUGCCAAUGCUUGAAUUGAAGGGUUAAUCUGAAGUUCUUAGUUAAUCUUUACCAAUGAGUAGAGUACAAUAUUGAACGCUGGAAGAAUAAGUAAACAGAUAACCGUGCACUCCAAAACUGGACGUCUCAACAAUUUCAUCAAUUGAAGGUCCCAAUCCAGGUUAUUUCAUUUGCAUUUCUCUGACUAAUGACAAUCUCCAUGUGGUUUCUCUACUUUUUAACAUAAGAACAAUGAUAUGGCAAAACUUAUCUUUUCCUGCAUUGUGGAUCCAUUAUGUUGGUGAUGCUGUGGCGAGACCAAAUGAUCAGUGAUGCCAAUAUAAAAUUUGCAGAGGAAAUGAUUUAAUUGGAAGAAAUCUUAUUUUUUAGAAGUAAAUUGAAGAGAUCAGAGACUUGAGGAUCAACUUGUGCAGAAUCCAGAAGUUAAGAACCAAAUCUGCUAUUUUACCAUUGAAGAAAUCGCAAAAGUGGACAAAAACCCGACACGGGUGUAGUGUCGACACAUGAUCGGGGUGUCGACACCAUGCGCUAAACGUCCAGAAUCAGAUUCUGUUUUCUAUUUUGUGUCAACACGUAAUCUGAAGUGUCAGCACCACGCGAUCAGUAUCUAAAAUUUAGUUUUCUAUUUCUAUUUCAAGUCCUACUUCUAUUUCAAUUAAGGUUUUUAAAAUCCUAUAAAUACCCAUUCAAAUUCAGAAUGAAGAGCUCUGGGAGACUUAUGGCAGUUCUCUUUUGGGUACUCUUGGAGGUCAAAAUAGAGGAUCCAUCGACAAGAAGAUCAAAGAUUUCAAUUACUUCAAGUUAGGUUUUGUUUUUCCUUAGAUAUUCUUAUAUUCAUAAUUGUGAUUUCAGAUUUUAUUAUUUUUAUUAUGAAUUGAUUUAUUCUACUAGGGUUACGAUGUAGCCUAAUUAAUUCAAUAUGAAUUU